AUGUCUGCCAAGAUAUCUGCCAAGUCAACUGGCGAGCAAAAGAAGCUGAGGAACCCCCUCGAGCUCCCUGAGGGCAUCAACAAGCGCUGCGACCUGCCGCCUGAGGCCUACUGGCAUGCUGACAAGGCCAACGCUCCAUUUGCAUCUCGUCCUGCGUACAACUCGAGCUGCCAGGACAUUCGCGUUGGCGUCAAUCAGUUCCGUGUCACGGGCGUCACCGGUCGCGACGUUUAUCAAUACGAUGUCAGCAUCAUUCCUGAGCCCCAGGGUACCAUCGUCUACAAGAAGGCAUGGAACACCAAGAUGAUCCAGGGUAAGCUGCUUCAGCAGAAGGCCCCUUGGCUCUACGACAACCGGAAGCUGGCCUGGUCGAGCAGCAACAUCCAGGGUUUCAAGUGCCAGGUCGACUUGGGCGAGGAUGAGGGCCGCCCGGGCCGCAAGAACAACACCUUCAUUUUCGAGCUCAAGCAGACUGGCAAAGUCCGCAUGGAGGCCCUGAAGGCCUACCUGGAGAAGAAGGUGGGCUGGGACAACACGGUGCUCGAGUGCAUGAGCUUCCUUGACCAUGUUCUCCGUCAAGGUCCCUCUGAGCGCAUGCGCCUGAUCAAGCGCACCCUCUUCAACGAGUACUCGCAGACGAAGCGCCUGAACAAUGUCACUGAAGCCAUCAAGGGCAUCUACUCGGCCAUUCGCCUGAACGAAUCCAUCAAGUCUGGCGGUCUCGGACUUGGCAUCAACGUCGACGUUUCCAACCAGACCUUCUGGGUCGGCCAAAAAUUCGAACAGCUGGCGCGCAACUUUUUGAGCUGCAUAGACCGGAAGUGGGAAAACCUUGACUACGAGGGCAUGCGAAAAGUCCUCCUGCCCGUGAAGGUUACCAACAAGGACGGUUCUCAGACUUGGGGUAUGUCGGAAGCCUUCAAGGCUCUCCGCCGCCUGCAGAACAUCCGCUUCGAGGUGAAACAUAGAGGGAACACCAAGGGUCCCAAAGAGUACAAGGUCAAGCGCAUCGCAUUCGACCCUCAGUACGGCGAGCUUGGUGCCUGUGCCAAGGCUGUUACGUUUAAGAAGAAGAUGCCGGAUGGCACCGAGCGGACUUACAAUAUCGUGGACUACUACGCCCAGCAGUACAACGCCAGGAUCCAGCACUGGUACCUUCCGCUCAUCGAGUCGACUAAGGGCGGUUACUUCCCCAUGGAGGUCUGUGAGGUUCAUCGGUUCAACUCGUACCCUUUCAAGUUGGACCCCAACCAGACUUCGGAGAUGAUCAAGUUCGCCGUCCAGCGUCCGCCACAGCGGAAGCAGGAGGUCAUGAACAUGGUGCAGAACCUCCACUGGGACAAGGAUCGCUUCCUCGCCCAUUUCGGCAUCAAAAUCAACCCUACCAUGCCGAUGGUCCAGGCCAAGUUGAUCCCGAACCCCCCCGUGCAGUUCGCCAACAGGUUCACGGACCCCAAGGUGUCGGGCCGUUGGGACCUUCGCGGCAUGAAGUUCGUGGCUCCCAACAAGCAGGAGCUCAUCUCCUGGGGCUUGGUCAUUGUGGACAAGUGUGUCGACAAGCCGACUGUCGAAAACUUUGCGAAGCUCUUCAAGCAGACGUACAUUGGUCACGGCGGCAGGGUUGGCCGCGACGCCCUGGUCCUUGAUUAUGGCAGGGUUGAUCACGAAAAGAUGAUUCUAGAUUCCUACAACACGAUCGGGAACACAAACAAGGCGAUGCCGCAAAUCAUUUUCUUCAUCCUGCGUGACAAGACAGCCUGGGUCUAUGACCGUAUGAAGAAGAUUUGCGACAUCAGGCUGGCAUGCUUGUCGCAGAUGAUGCAGGGCAUGCACGUCCGGAAGGCGCAGGGCCAGUACAUGUCCAAUGUCUGUAUGAAGGUGAACGCCAAACUCGGCGGCCAGACGUGCAAGAUUGCGAGCAAGAAACCUGCAGGUGGCUCAACCUUCUUCAGUGUUCCCACCAUGAUGAUUGGCGUCGACGUCUCGCACGGCAACACGGGCGCUGGCUCUGCGUCGACGGCGGCCAUGUGCGUAUCGAUGGACAAGGACGCGGCAAUCUACGACGCGGCUGUCGAGACCAACGGCUGGGGUGUGGAGAUUCUCCAGCCUGCCAACAUGCAUUCGAUGCUUGGGCCCCUCGCGAUGAAGUGGUGGAAGACCAACAACGUGAAGCCUCAGCAUGUCUUCUACAUGCGCGACGGCGUCUCCGAGGGCCAGUUUGCGCACGUCAUGGAGUUUGAGGUGGAGGUGAUGAAGCAGGUGUUCAAGGAACACAUUGGCCAUGUUCCUAAAAUUACCGUCAUCGUGGCCACCAAGCGCCACCACAUUCGCUUCUUCCCCGAGCGGGGCGACAAGAACGGCAACUGCCUGCCCGGCACCCUCGUGGAGAAGGAGGUGACGCACCCUUUCCAUUACGACUUUUACCUCUGCUCGCACGUUGCCAUCCAGGGCACUGCUCGCCCGGUGCACUACAAUGUGCUCCACGACGAGUGCGGGCUGAAGCCUGAUGACCUGCAGCGCAUCCUGUACCAUCAGUGCUACCAGUACUGCCGCUCGACCACGCCGGUGUCGCUGCACCCCGCGGUAUACUAUGCGCACUUGGCUGGUACGCGCGCCCGCCACCACGAGAACGUGGCCACCAGCGAGCAGGUGCCGGCGGACUGCAAGCACCUCAUUCUGCGUCGCCCCGGCCCGAUGUCAAAGCGCGAUGACAAGACCGCCACUUCACACGGCGAGGAUAGCCAGCCGGCCCCUCUGAUGAAGCCGGGUCAUGAAAACAAGGCCCGCCCGGCGGCUGUCAACGUCUUCAAAAACACCAUGUGGUGGGUCUAAGCGGCCCAUUGGGUUGCACUCCCCGACUGCAUUCUGGGAGGGAGCGUUUUGGAAGGUUCUUGGAGGGACAGCGAUUAUUUCACAGUCGUCUGAUGUACUGCAGGCGGCUCUCUUUCUUGUCUGAGGUUCACAAUUUUGAGCUUGGCGGUGGUGGUUCUGAGAGUUUAGAAAAGGCUUGCGGACUGGCAACCGUGGCCCGCAGGUUCUUCAGGUCGGGGUUCCUAACCACGUGAGUCCAGAGCGGAAAGGGUAUAGUAGUUCAUCGUUGAUUUACAUUUCCUGAGUCGUCGGGAGAUGGUGUUUGAUGUGUGGGGAAAUGAUUGCAGUGACCAAAUCUCAGAGCAUCAGAGGGCUGACUGGAACGGAGAAGAUGGCUCUGUCAACUCUGUCUCUUCUGUAAAGGAACUUGGCUGAAUCACAGAUGAUAUUAAAACAGUUUCCUGAACUGUCUUUGCAGACAAGAUGUCUCGAGU